CCGUGACUUGAACGCCAGAUUUGUAUUUCUGAGCUUUGCUUUUGCACUGGUUUCUUAUCAACAUACCUCUGCCGUUCACAAUGUCCCACACCGUCGAUAUUCCACCAGAGCUGAAGAGUUCCCUUCGCAAGUUUCGCUUCGCGAGGCGCAGCCAGGGGCACGCUGCGCUCGUCGUCAAGAUCGACAGGAACGAGCUCAUCAUGAAAGAGGAAGAACAAUACGAUAACAUCUCCAUCGAAGAGCUUUCUGAGGAACUGCCUGAGAACUCUCCACGAUAUGUUGUACUGUCAUACGAGCUCAAACACAGCGAUGGAAGGACUUCCUUUCCACUAGUCCUUGUAAACUGGGCGCCAACAACCUGCGAGAUCAAGAUGAUGACUCUGCACGCCAACGCACUAAUCGAGUUCCAAAAUACGGCGGACGUAAGCAAAGUGAUAGAGGUUCGCGACGGGCCGGACGGCUUGACCAAGGAAACCAUAGACGCAAAGCUUCUAUCCUAGGCCCGAUAAUCCGGCAUGAUAUGAUAGCAAAACUCGCGAUACCCUUCACUCACAGACAACUA